ACAGGCAGCGCCGUUGGAUUUUCACCUUUUUGUUUUCUUUUAAUCCACUUCCCAAACCGCCCCUAUAAAUACUGCCUCUAUUUUUCCAUACAAAACAAUUCGAGAAUCACAAAUAAACUUUGCUUAAUAAUAAUAAUGGCGGACUCAGCGGCGGCAACAGCGAAACAGCGGAAGAUCAUGGUGGCGGUUGAUGAAAGCGAAGAGAGCAUGAACGCGCUCUCCUGGUGCCUCAAGAACGUCAUUUCUCAGGAUUCAAAAGAUACUCUUAUUCUUCUCUAUGCUAAACCUCCUAGAGCUGUUUAUACUGCUCUUGAUGGCACUGGAUAUUUGUUUUCUUCUGAUAUUGUAGCGACGAUGGAGAAAUACAGUAAAGAUGUCGCUGAUUGUAUCAUAGAGAAGGCCAAGAAGAUUUGCAGAGAACAAGCAGCAGCUGCUUCUGAUGUUAAGGUGGAAACGAGAGUAGAGAAUGGAGAUCCAAGGGAUGUGAUCUGCCAGAUGGCAGAGAAGCUGCGCGUUGAUGUGCUUGUUAUGGGAAGUCACGGUUAUGGUCUCAUCAAGAGGGCAUUUCUUGGAAGUGUGAGCAAUCACUGCGCACAGAAUGUCAAGUGUCCGGUGUUGAUUGUGAAGAGACCCAAAUCAACUGCUGGAAGCAAAUAGUAAAAGCUUAUAUAUUUUGAUUAUGUAAAGCUAUAUUUUCACUUUUGCCUUUUCUUCUUUUUUUUCGAAUUUUGUUUUGUCUUUGCAGUUGCAUGUGAGGUGUGAAACAUCUUUGUAUUGAUUGUAUCUUUGCUCUACAGUUUCUGUUAAAACAUUGUUGUACAUAAAUUUCAGAUUAUGUUCUCUACUUGUUUGUACAGAGGAUUGCUAUUCA